AUGGCUAUGGCAGAGAAUACUUCUGCCGAGCUGGGCGGCAUGCUCAUUCACAGCCCUGCUUCGGGGAUCAACAACGCUCCAAAGUCGGUCAUUGGAGCGCCUAAACGCCGAUAUCCUCAUCAUCAAGUUUCCUUGGGCAAAAAUGCUGAUGCAUCGCGCGCCAAAAUGUAUCUGGAAUCGCUUGGUCUGGCUCUGGAUGAGUACGAGUGGAUACUGAUUUGCGGCAAGUGCGGGUACGCAUUGAGCGAACACCCAGCCCAGCACCUGAAGCGCCACUGCCUGAACGUAGAAGAUGCAGACAUAUCGCUUGCCAUGGACCUCAUCAAGGAAGCAACGCCACGAAAGGUGUCCUUGCUGUACCUUUUGCUUUUCAACACGAGAAAGCCUGCCACCACUGAGGUGCCUCGAAAAGUCUGGAUGCAGCGGCUCAGGAAAGGAGGACUGGGCUCAAGCUAUGUGGAGGUCCAGCAACACAAGCCAUCCAAAAGACCUCAUGUGGACGCGCAAGCCUUUUCGCCUUUGCUCGAGGCUCAGAGAAAAAAGCACUUUGUUGUCAACUUGCGACGACUCCACCCGGUCUAUCAGACCCUGGGCCUUGGGGUACUGCUUGACCGAUUGGCACUCAACCAAUUCAGAGAGCUGGGAUUUAGCGAGAUCAACCCGACGCUAAUCACGUGCAUGCAUGGUCUCUUGGACAAGACGCACGAAAACACGUUACACGACACGGCGGCUCGCGAAGUUUUUGGACGACUAUACACCAAAUCGGGAAAUGUGCUUACGACCCGCUUUUAUCAAAAGGUCAUGCAGCAGAGCUACGAUCGCUACAUAAUUGUGGCUACGCGCUACGUGCAAUACCUCUUACGAGCACGGCGCCGUGACAGCCAGCUUCCUGGUCGAAUCAGUGACGAGCUGGCAAAAGCUUUGGACGACGUGGAAGUGGCCCAAGGUCAAAAUAACACUGCGCUAUCCGAGGCGUUGACCAACGUGUGGUGUGCCAUCCUUGAUGAAAGCACGGACAUGAACAACUUGGACUUGGAGUACUGUCCCACCAUCUAUAUUCUUUGCACGACGGUGCAAGCCAACAACACCUUUAAGCAGCCAAGCAGCUGGACGCCAACGCUGGCAGCUCUGUUGUGGAUCUGCCGCUUGUUCCUGCUCUUCCGCCGCCAGCUCGAUCCAAAUGGUCCUGGCGCGCUGACGGAUGAUACUGCUGUCAAGACGCGGUUGACGGAGGGCCGCAUUUGCUACUAUCUUGGUAGUAGAUUGACCUAUGUUCGCAAAUGCACCUCGGAGGAGGGCAAAUACGGUGUUAACGUGGUGUUUGAAACGCAGCCAGCCCCCGGACAGGAGUUUCAGGCUUUGACGGUGAAUGGCAUUCAUAUGGACGUGUCUAAGCUUGGGACAGGUCUGCGAGCUAUGCGAGCAGGAAUGAACCAAAUUCUCACCAAGGACCUCCUGUUCAACUCGGGGCUGGAGAAGCGAGUUUAUGCUGUCUUGCCCUCACUGCUUGACUCAGAUCAGCCCGGGCCCCCACAGUCCUGGGUAGGCCAGGAUUUGAAGGACGCUGGCGGUCGUGACUUUUAUGCAAUGCUGCUGGAGCACAUCUUGGAAACUCCAGAGCUGGUCAAGGCGUUUACCAUGCCUAAUGCACCCGGCAAGUUCAGCGUAGAAUCAGUGUGGCGGUGGAUCUGCUCCCUGCAAGAGUUUAAUCGCCUGGCAUUGACCUAUACACACCUGUCAACUGGUACGUCUGAUCGUUUGAGUGGUGUUGUUUGUUGCAAGCAAAUUUUACAUGCGCAGAGUCUCACCAUACACCCGUGCAUAGCCCCACCCAUGCAUGCGACGGUAUACACGAGCCUUUUUUAUCGUGACUCCUCCGCCAGCCCCAGAAAUGUCUUCUUCUCCGGCAACCGCUUGGCGUUUGUCGCGCAACAAGGCGAAGCUACAUUGAUCAGCAACCCCGAGUCGCAUGCUAUACACUACAUGGACGAGCGGACCAGUGCAAUUAUGAUGGCUUACCUGCUAUUGUGCAAGCCAUUGGAGGAGCUGUUUGCUAAUUACUUGCAAGAGCGAGGCGAAUUGAUCGCGUCCUCGGCAAUAGAUUCCAAUUCUUUGACGGAAGAGCAGCAAGAUGAGCUCGAGGCCGGCGCGAUGGAGGUCGAAGAUUCGGUCGCGCCAAACAUUUCCAGCCCUGCUGACGACCAGCACGCUGAUCUGCGAGCGGUCAAGCGUGUCGAACUGGAGGGCACGUAUGAGCUGCUAUUCAAUAUUGUGCCGAUGCAGCUCGAAAAACAGCUUCGACCAGGCCUAGUCUACCGAACCAUCCAGGCCGUGACCAAGCGAUUUCUUGGAACCAGCAUCACUGUCAGCGCAUGGCGGCACAUGAGUGUGGCCUGGCUGCGCACACUGGUGAUGCAUGAUGCCCCCGAGCUUUUAGGGGCGCUGGAUGUAACUCACUUUCAAAGCCAGCGUGCAGGUCGGACGGCACGCGACGUCCAAGGCCGCACGCAGCGCGACCACAAGGUUGCGUCCAGCGAAUCAGAGUAUGGCCACCAAUUUCUGUCCGACGAGUGGCGCAAGCUCAUCCAGCUGAUGACACCAUCAAACCUUUCAAUCUAUCGCGACUCCUCCGCCAGCGCCAGAAAUGUCUUCUUCUCCGGCAACUUGAUUCAUGCGGAGCAGAGUGGCUUGUCGAUUGCUAUGCAAAAAGAAAGUAAAGUCAAUGGGCAGGGCGGGCCUUGCCAACCGUCUGAAGCAGAACCGUCCAACAAGCACGGAAAAGAGCGAGAAACCGCUUCGUCUUCUUUUACCAUGACAACGGAUAAUAGCAAUAGUGUCUCGGUAGUGGUGGAUGCGGCGCUGCGCGAGCUGGUGAUGAGGGCGUUGAGCGGUGGUCUUGUUUUGCGAGCGAUCGUAUCCAGUUGA